AGUUCGAGAUACUAGUGUAGCUAUGUGUGCUCGGUAAAUUGUAGCUGUAACCGAUGGCUUAAAUGCCGAACACUUGGAUUUACCGUACCCAUCACGUAAAUCAUGCACACUUCCCCUGGACGCAUUUGGGAUGCUGUAGAUUUUUUUAUUUGCUUGUCGUUUGCUUUAUGUUUCAAGACGUUUGGUGUUUACGGGCAGAACGGUGAUGGGUGUGGCCACACGCUGCUGGGAGCUCAGAGUGGCACGCUGGCCUCGCGGAACUACCCCGGCACCUACCCCAACGGCACGCGCUGCGAGUGGCGCGUCCGGGCCCCCAGGGGCCGCCGCCUGAGGCUGGUGUUCGGCGACUUCAACCUGGAGCGCAGCCAGGACUGCGCCUCCGCCGGGUCCCUCGCCAUCACCCCCGGCAACGGGGGGGGCCCCCUGGGCCCCCUCUGUGGUGACCUUGACCCCAGGAACAGGAAGUUGGUCCUGAACAGCAGCGAGGUCACCAUCCUCUUUCUGUCUGGGACACACCGGUCUGGACGGGGCUUCCUGCUGUCCUACGCCACCGAGGAGCAGACAGAGCUCAUCUCCUGCAUGGAGAGGGGAACCCACUUCACGUCGCCGGAGUUCAGAGCGUAUUGUCCUGCUGGCUGCAGGGAUGUGACGGGUGACAUCUGGGGCCAGUCCAGCCAGGGCUACAGAGAUACGUCCGUGCUGUGCAAAGCCGCGAUUCACGCGGGCGUCGUGUCGGACGACCUCGGGGGUCCUGUCACCGUCUCCCGCCAGAGGAGCAUCACCCUGUACGAGUCCGGCUUCGCCAACGGCCUCCUCUCCAAAACGGGGUCUUUAUCGGAGAAGAAGCUGGUCUUCCACAAAGACUGUAACAGUCUGCUGCCUGUGCAUAGCUACAAUGUGUCCUCCAGCUGGGAGGAGGUGGACGGUCUGGACCGUCGCAGAUUGUGGUCCCCGGGAAACAGAGACUCGGCAGGGGAGUUCCAGCCUUGGGUGGCGGACAAGAAAGACCGGGAGCCGUGGCUGCAGCUGGAACUGCGGGAGAGAAGCAGCAUCACAGGGGUCCUCACUAAGGGCUGGUCGUCAGGCUCUGCCAGGUUCUUCACAAAGUCCUUCACGCUGCUCUACAGCAAGGAUAACAGGAACUGGAAGGCCUACAAGGCCAUGCUGAGCAAAGAGAGAAAGGUGUUUGUGGGGAAUUCGGACAGCGACCAGGAGGUCCUGAACAGCCUGAUCCCCCCGGUGGUGGCGAAGUACCUCCUCCUGCGGCCGCAGCAGUGGGAGGGCAGGGCCGCAGCUCACGUCCUGGUGCUCGGCUGCGCGCUGCUCCGGCCUCGCAGCCCCUACGGAGCCCCCCCAGAGAGCAAGGGAACGACGGACAGCGCCCCCUACAGCCCGGUCCCAACCAAACCCCUGGACGUGGAGAAGAGGCCGGCGGAGAGCUCCAGUCAGCCUGUGGUGGUGGUGGUGGGAGUGGUCCUGGUGUUAAUUGUAUGCGUGGGCAUCCUAUUGGCUGGGCUUUGCUGGAAGAGGAGGAAAAGGAAUGCUGAAAAGUGUUCCUUGGAGAAAGGGUGUCAGAGCUCGCUGGGAAAGACUCUUCCUCGCUCUGAAUCAGAGCUGAUCUCGUACCCACUGGAGAGGGGCACUCUUGAUUCCCUCCCAAACCCUCCUCUCAAUGAUUACGCCGCGGAGCUGUGCUCGGGGGUCCCGAAGCUGGGCUCCACGUUCCGGCCGGCGGCCGACGAGGGCUACACGGUGCCGCUCAUCCUCAACCACUACGACGUUCCGGGGAAGCUUCCGGAAUACGCCGAGCCCCUGCCGCCGGAGCCCGAGUACGCCACGCCCUUCGGGGACCUGCCCGGACCCCCCCGCCGCGACCCCGCCGCGGGCCCCCUCCACGGCGGCCCCGGGGCCGCCGCCUCCCCGCUGGCCCGGUACGACUGUCCCGCCCACAAAAUGGCGCCCAACGGGUACUGCACGCCGGCCCCGCUCGGCGCCGACGCCCGGCGUCCAGCGCCCUGUACGCUGAGCCCCAGAGCGGCGACGCCCCGGCCCAAACCGCGGACGACCCCCCUGUCCCGGCACACGUACUACGAGCCGCUGUGACCGCGGCCACGCACGCGGGACGCACGCGGACAUUCACGUGACAUCACAAUCACCGAGCAGCGAGGCACGGGAGUGGACCACGCCGCUGUCAGUCACUCUCACCCUGAAAGGCACCGUGAAGCCCCGCCCCCACCCACUGGCUACGGCCCACUUUUCCAGAAGAGUGUCGACACCUAGGAGUCGCGCAGAAAUAAACACACCAGAUGGUUUGAAUCAGGGGGACUUCAAUUACACGCCUAACGCCAAGCGCUGUGUGUUUAUGAAGGCCCGGCACAACGUGCUCCGAGAUACAUAUUUAUACAAGUCAAAGAUCAAAUUACUUUUUUACGGCGGGUGUGGGAAAUGGGAACGCCAGCUGACCCCGUGUUUCUUUCAUCCAGUGCCACUUGGCUGUAUGGCAUUGCAGAGUGCGAAUCCGUGCACAGUACAGGUGCACAGCCGUUUGUGUCUAUCGCACUGUGGAGGUCCAGAGAUUAAUGACGUCUCGCGUUUUUAUAAAUUAUCAAACGGGGAAGCGCGCACACACAGUGUGUGUGUGUGUGUGGAGGUGGUGUGUAAGGAGCCUUUGGUAAAUGUCUGUGUUAGGCUGUUCAGAGUACUUCCUCGCCAAACAGCUUACACUGGAGAUGCUGUGUGUCUGAGGAGCCACAGAAAUCGCAGCGAAUCACAACUUAUCCAUGAGUCAUGUGUUGAUGUUCAAACGGGCACUUCACUCAAAAAUUUUAUGAAAGUAUGUGUCCACUUGCCCAGACCACUAUCCGCCUAUUCAGAUGUGUAGUUCACCAUGAUAUAAUUGACCUCUAUUUAACACUCGUUUUCUGAUCAAUCAAUGCAUUGAAAACGCACAUUCAGAAAACCCGACGCCAAUGUGUCUUUCCAAAUAUAAUGCCACAGUUACUUGUGAACAUCAACAGAGCUCAAAGAUGAACAUUUUAAUCGAGAGCUAUUUAUUCUACUGUGAGAACUCACCCGUGUCCAGGCAACCGUGUCCAGGCAUGCAGUGGUUUCUGCCAAAGCACACCAGCGUUCAUCGUGUCCACGUCUUCUUCGUAGUCCGACAUUGCGAGCUGAAGAAGGUCCUAUAUUGUCUCGGCUCAAUUCGAUUUUUGGGUGAACCGUCCGAACUGUAACCUCCCCCUCCUGAAAUGGCGGUGAGAGUUUGGGCUUUCAGGCAUCAGGGAGUUAACCAUGAAGUUUCAGUCCCCUGGACAUUACCAUCGAUCACAGCAGUUGGAUGUGGCACAAUACCCAUUCCAUUGAUUAUAUUUUCAAUAGUUAAUUGUUUUUUUUUUUUUUUUUUUUUUUUUAAAGAGAAAUAAACACAAGUGGCAAGCACUGGUUCCCACGUCACUUCUGUGUGUGUGUGUUUUGCUUCACUGGCACAAUCAGAGAUUUAAAUGUGAAAACUUUCAGAUGUAUAAUAAAUUUAUAUUGAAUUAUUUUA